CCGAUUGACUGUCCGUUGGUAUAUCGACUUAUACCGACAGUCUAUCCAUUGCUGUUGCGGGGUUGUGGUGUAGUGUCCUCUCACACGAUUAAAGACUGGCGGAAGAGGUUCAACGCCAAGUGGCCAUAGCAAUAAGCCAGUAACAGCAAGCGCAAGCGGUGUCUCCAGAGCCUAAUUCCGCAGCUGAUCGUGUAUCUCAGCGGAAAAGCAGCUGCGCUUCCAUAGACGUCCCCAUCGAGACAACGGGAAUCUAGCCCGCGGUUGAAGCGACGGCCCCGUAGCGAUUUCUAGUGGAUGAGAUCCCCAGCGAACACCUUGCGAACUACAGACUGCCAUCAAGAACUUAACAUUCACAGUUGCGUACAGUACCGCCAUACCAACCCAACCAGGCGACGUGUACCACGGGUAGCAAAUUCCGACAGGAUACGCUAGAGUUGGCAUGGAGUAGGUGUGCGAGGGUUGGGAGACGCUUGAACUUGAUAUUCCUGGAGGCAACGGGGAGAGGACACUAGCAGAGGCCAUUUAUGGCUACAUCCUAUGGGAUAAGCGCUACAUUGUCCUAAAGUCGGAUGAUCGAACACCAAGACCGGCAUCUCAGCAUGCCUCUCCAAGGUCGUCAUCUCCGCAAAACUCCCCAAGGGCAGCAUUGUCUCCUCAAGGUUCACCGGAACAUUCUCUAUCACCAUCAUCUCAUGCGCCGAUGAACACUCAAGCAUCACUGUCGCCUCCAUGGUCACCUCCUCCGUCGCCGGCAAAGAAGCAGAAACAGCCGCCGGUAAAGAAGAUAGUUGCACCGGCUAAGGAGCCUCCAAAGAAGAAGGAACAGAAGAAAAAAACCAAGGAGACUCCUAUUAAACCCUGGGACAUGAGUCUUGAAGAAUGUGACCAGAUAACUGCUGAAAGGAUUAAAGAGCACUUCAAACCGAAGCUGAAAAAGCAGCAGGAGAAAGUAAUAAAUCCGGAACAACUGAAAUUUUUAUUGGAAUGUGCGAAGCAAAUAAGAGAAAAUUUAUUCCGAAAGAACCGCCCUCACACUACGACCGCCAAAUUAUGAAGAGUUACGCGAAGAAGCAUAAACAAUCACGGUCGUCGUCAUCCGACGUUCCACAACUCGGAGCCCAAAAGAACCAAACAGUAGAGCCUCUCAUUGUGGAACAGACGACGAAACAAUAAGACUUGAUUACAUUUUUGAAAGAAUCAAACCUCACAGCGGCUCAAGUUGCAGGGGGAGAGGAUAUUCCAAAAGCCCAAGUGAUCGCCAGAUGACAGUUUCAGUUGGGCACAUCUCUUGUCCUCCCCCCCGAAGUCGUGUCUUUGAUGCCAAAGAAAAUGCGAAGGCUACACAACCGAUACAUGAUGUUGAUGUCCCAGUGCGUCUUCAUGAGUGACGCGAAGAUUAAAGAUGAUGACUUGCUUCGGGGCGAGGCUAUCAUAUGAUUAAUUGGGAAGAAGUUUACCAACUAUACCAUCAGGAUGCCCUCGACAUCUCUUUGGUCGGCUUGUGGGUUCUGUAAGUGGGGUUCGUUAUAUUUUAAUCGUUACGUAUUGUAUUGCAUGACCUCAAGCAGCUGAUCCUUUGUUUUGUUUUGUACAAUGUAGAAUGAAGAUUCAAAAUUGCAGGAGGAAAGGGUACUCCGACCUCAGCUUCAUGGACCCAACUACUUGUAAUUGUAGGCUUCUACGAGACAACCCCGACGAGAUAUUCCAAAACUUGUACAAGUACUUCGCCGUCCAGCACGACAAGUUCAAGAUAUUGUUUCCUUACAACUUUGCUGAUCACUGGAUACUACUAGUCAUAAUUCCCGAGUUCAGCUUAGUGAUUGUUAUGGACUCAUUGAGGCGAGAUCCACAACAAUACAAAGACCAUACAGACAUGUUGAAAAGUGUUUGGAAAAAAAUCGUACAAAAUCAUAAAGGUAAUUACAGCCAGACAUUAAAAAUUAAGACAGAUUUUUCGUGUAUGAGGCAGGCACAAGGAACCAAUUUAUGUGCAUACUUGUCAAUGUACAAGCAAGGAACCAAAGAUCUUUUAGUAUAUAUUCAUAUAGAACAUGCACAAGCAAGUUGGUCCUCGGAAGUGCUUAGCAGAAUGGCAGUAAGAAGCCGAGAAGAUGCGCAAUGAACUUAUACGAGAGGAAAUAAUUCUGGCGGUUCAAGAAGUCUUGUGCGGAUUUAUUAAUGAUGAGGUCCUCGACGUAAAUGGCGAAUUCCACUACGACGGCGAGUCGUACAUCACCAAUAAAAGCAAAUAUGAUAACAUUUUGUAAAACUUGUGAGGCAUUUUGUGAAUUUGUAAUUAAGAAUAUAUGUAAAUAUAUGUGUAUAUGUCAAUGCAUUUCUAUUUAUGUGUA